AUGGAAUGAGAGAAGGCGUGCAGUAAGCAGGAAAAAAUCUAAGUUAUGGAAAUGACGCAAUGGACUGUGUUGGUGAACUUUUUUGUUCUCAGUCUGGAGAUCUUGCAGUCCACAUCAAAUAAGCUUGAUAACUGUAAGCCUGUCAGUUAUCCUAAGAGCUGCAAAGAACUGCUUCAUCUCUAUGGCUGUCUUCCAGAUGGCCUUUACAUCCUUAGCUCCUCUAGUGGAGCUACCUACUUGACCUUCUGUGACAUGACCACAAAUGGCGGUGGCUGGACUCUGGUGGCUAGCAUCCAUGAGAACAACAUGUAUGGGAAGUGUACUGUGGGCGACCGCUGGUCCAGUCAGCAGGAAAACAACCAAAAUGUUCCCGAGGGAGAUGGCAGUUGGUCCAACAAAGUCACCUUUGGCACGGUUGAAGCAGCCACCUCAGAUGACUUUAAGAACCCAGGAUACUAUGAGAUAACAGCUCAGGACAUGUCUGUUUGGCAUGUCCCUAAUGAACUGUCUGUGGAUCAGUGGAAAGAAAAGUCUAUUUUCAGGUAUCACACAGAAAACAACUUUUUAAAUCAAUAUGGAGGAAACCUCUAUAACCUGUACAAGGCUUAUCCAGUCAGAUAUAAGGCUGGUGCCUGCAAAACCAACAACGGACCGUCAAGUCCCAUUGUAUAUGACCAUGGAAAUGCAGGGAGUCUUCCUAAAUUUUAUGGUCCCAGCACUACUAUAGAGUAUGAACCAGGCUACAUCUCCUUCAGGGCUUUCAACAAUGAACAAGCCGCACUGGCUUUGUGCUCUGGAGUCAAACCAGUCGGUUGCAAUGUAGAACAUAUUUGCAUUGGAGGGGGUGGCUUCUUCCCUGAAGGCGGUGGACGCCAAUGUGGGGAUUUUGCAGGAUUCGACUGGGAUGGUUAUGGAACUCACAACGGCUGGAGUGCAUCCAAGGAAAUAACUGAGUCUGUUGUGAUGUUAUUUUACCGCUGAGUCAUUUAAAUCAUGUGUCACAACACCAGGAGGUGAAAGUCCUCAGGUGCAUCAGAGGCACCAGCUUAGAUCUAUGUAACUAACCUAACAACUGCUAUCAGUUAACCAGAUCAGUUUCUGUAAAGGGGUUCAAGUAUAUUCUUAAAACUUUUAACUGAUUCUUUCUUCUUCAGCUGCAGAAAAUCUUCUUCAUCUUGAAAUGUUGAUUAAAAAGCAUGUUCAAAAUUA